GCGAGAGUAAAGCCCGGCCGUUUCAGAAGCGCACGGAGAGAAGGCACUGUGUCGUGUCCCGUGAUGCGGUUUCCUUGAUGCUUAUUACUGAACUGGCUGCCAUUUCUUUUUCAUUUACAACGAAGAGAAGAGAAAUUAAUGACAUACAGCUGUGAAAUAAGAUUAAGAAAAUAUUAAAGAUAUGUGUAAAUUAAUUCCACACUUGGUUGUCUUAUUAAAGCCCAUCGGCUGAAGCAGUUGCGACUUCAGGAAAGGUAUUAUGGUCUCAAGAUGACUGUGAGUUUGAGACAGAUGUGGAAUAUGGGGUCAACAGUGAAGGAGGCCUGCGCAAACAGUUAACAAAAAUAAUGGGUGUCAAGUUGUGGAGCUGCUUUUUUGGCGUGUCCACUGCUGUUCUGUAUGGAUCAAUCUCUCUCUUUGUUUCUAUUUUGCACAAUGUUUUUCUACUUUACUAUGUGGAUACAUUCGUGUCUGUCUACAAGAUUGAUAAAGUCUCUUUUUGGGUUGGAGAGACAAUUUUUCUUAUAUGGAAUAGUUUGAAUGACCCACUGUUUGGAUGGUUGAGUGAUCGUACUUUCCUUAGUUCAAAACAGUCAUCAACACAGCUAUCCCCUCCAGAAGUAGUAUUAAAGAGGUUGAAGUCUUUAUCUAAAAAUGGCCCUCUUUAUGCCAUUUCCUUUUUGGCAUUUUGGCUUGCUUGGGCUCGACCUGGUUUCCAGUUUAUAAUUUGUUUAUGUCUAUAUGAUGGCUUUCUUACAAUGGUGGACCUCAACCAUAAUGCUUUGCUGGCAGACCUUGCAGUCUCGGCCAGUGAGAGGACCCAGCUGAACUUCUAUUGCUCUCUCUUCAGUGCUUUUGGCUCUUUAUCUGUCUUCAUGUCCUACUCUUUCUGGGACAAAGAGAAUUUUUUUUCAUUCAGAAUCUUCUGUGUAACUUUGGCGGCUGUGUCUGUCUUGGGAUUCAGCAUUGCUUCUUGGUUGUUGCGACAAAGGUUUCAGUCAGAGGCUAGAGCACAGCAAGAAGAGAGAUCUGCGCUAACAGAGUUACAUAUAGACCAGCCUGCAUUGGGUCAAGAGAAGAGUUUAACACUUGGGGAAUAUCUAAAGCAGCUUUCAAGACAUAGGAAUUUCCUCUGGUUUGUCUGCAUGAAUCUUCUGCAAGUAUUUCACUGCCACUUCAACAGUAAUUUCUUUCCUCUGUUUCUGGAGCACCUUCUGUCGAACAGAAUUUCAUCAUCUACAGGAUCCUUUCUUCUUGGUAUCUCGUACAUUGCUCCUCAUUUAAACAAUCUGUAUUUUCUCACGCUGUGCCGUCGUUAUGGUGUCUACAUAGUAAUUCGCUGGCUCUUCUUCCUCAAACUUAUGCUCAGUGUCAUCAUGCUACUAGCAGGACCAGACCAGAUUUAUAUAUUGUGUAUAUUUAUAGCCAGUAACCGUGUUUUUACUGAGGGUACUUGCAAACUUCUGAAUCUGGUAAUUACAGAUCUAGUCGAUGAAGAUUUUGUGGUCAAUCACAGACAGCAAGCAGCUUCAGCACUACUCUUUGGCAUGGUGGCUUUGGUUACCAAGCCAGGCCAAACCUUUGCACCACUGAUAGGAACAUGGCUCCUCUAUGUAUAUACAGGUUAUGACAUUUUCCAGCGAGAUCCUCUCCAAGAGGUGGUUACAACCCGAGAAAUUUCCAACCCUGCUUGGAUUACCACUCUCCGCCAGGGCUGCUUUUACCUGCUCAUUUUUGUCCCGAUCACUUGUGCGUUAUUGCAACUGCUAGCGUGGUCUCAGUUCACUCUUCAUGGAAAACGACUACAGAAUGUGAAAUCGCAAAGACAAAAUGCAUCUUGGGGUAGUUCUGUUCAGGUAAAAGCAGUGUGAGCAUUCCUCCGCAAGUCCAGGAAAUCAGUCAGUUGGAAAGAGAGUAAAAAGGACCAACAGCUAAGCCUGCCUUAUUUUUUAUACAUGCUGUAAAUAUGUUGAUAUUUAUAAUAACAAAUUGUGGGCUCAGACCAUAUUUUUAAUUAUUACUGAAGAGAAGUGAAACUCAAAAGCUGUAUUUCUCUGUAAAGUUGCUCCUUACCACACCGUCGUCUGUAUCAUGAAUGGCUGCGAGUAUUUCAGCUGUGUUGUCAAAUGUAACAAAGAACAUUCCUGUAUGUGUGUGCCAAAUGGUUCUUAUUUAAAUAUUUUUGUAUGAAUGUAAAGAUUCCCUGAAAUAUGUAAAGGUGUUUUCUGCAGUUUCUCUUUACAGCAUUGGACAUAUCCAUUGACAGCACUUUACUAAUUUUCUAAUUUAAUGUGUUCCAUAUUGAAAGUCUAUCCUUAGCACAGCGUAACAGAACUGUAGUUUUGUGUUUUAAACUCUUCAGAUUCCCUGCCUCUAUCUUAAAAGCAUUUUUAACAGUACGUAGAAAUGCUUUUUAUGAUUUCCAGUGUAGCAUUGUCAAGUAUUGCUGUAACUUUAUUCUUGAAUAACUUCUGGCACAGAAGCUCCAGUAAUGCUGUCAGUUUCAUUCUCUAAACGUUCGACGGAUUCUCUUUGUCUCAGGAUAUUUCAGCGGUAAAAAUGAAGAGAGUCACCAGGACCAAAUGCCAAUCUGGACGCCGUUUACAGCAUUUUUUGGAGUAUUCCAGAUGAGUGUUUACACUGUUUUGGAAGUAAAGCACCUCUUGUAUUUAUCCUGCCAUUUGUUACUUUUUAAACUUUAACUUGACCUUUGUAAUCAAAAGUUUUUUUUCCUUAAUUGUCUACAAUAUAUUUCUACUCAAAUGUUAUACUCCAGAUGCCAGAUACAUCUGUGUGCUUAGACUUACCACCUCAAUUAUUUGUAAUUAAAUGUUUACAGAAAAAAUCUUUAUCUUCAUAAUGUUUGGUAAAGUUAUGUUCCCAUAAAAAGGUUUUGACAACCUUCAGAAGUAAAUUUUUUUACAUCAUUCA